AUGACGACCGUCACUCCCAAGCAGCGCAAGCUGAAGCGCACUUCAAACGCAUGUGUCGCCUGCCGCCAGAGCAAGAUCAAAUGUACCGGCGAGGAGCCCUGCGCCAACUGUCAGCGCCGUCGCGUUGAGUGCCAAUUCCUCGAGAGCGUCAGCAAAGUCAUGGUCCCAGAGAGGUAUCUGCGCGAACUACAGGGAAAAGCUGGCAGCAGCCCGCAGCAUCAGCAGAGCCAGCAUCAACAGGUACAGCAGCAGCCAACGCCCCCGACGGUCAAGCGCACGUCGGCGUCGGCGUUCGGGUCAGAGGUGGACGUCGAGGGUACUCAUUCCUCUGGGGAUGAGAAUAUUCGUCUGGGGCUAAUGGCUGAUGUAGAUUCUCUGGGGUCCCAGCCAGAGGAGAUCCCCUUCCUGGUGGACUCGGCGAGGACGAUCUGGACGAGUCCGUUUACUCUCCCGUCUCGCAUUAUCAAGAAGAACCACAAGUCAAAAAGGAACUGGACGUGGCUGGCUCCCACUUCGACCUGGUCGUUCACUGCCCGCCUGAAGCUCAUGAUCGCAGAGAAACUGCACGUCGAAACGCACUACAGCGAUCCUGAGCUGUUCGACGGAGAUCUCUAUCCCAUUCAAUGGAGCCCCGUCCCGGCCGGCGAGCAUCCUGAUAUCAGCAACCUCCCAUCCAUCGACCACGCCCUGUACCUCUUCAACACCGUCAAGUUCCACCUGGGGCACAACUUUCGCAUAAUCAACGAGGACGAGUUCAUCCGUAAUGUGGACAAGUUCUACUAUGGCGAUGCCGUACAGCAGGCCAGCCAGUGCCGUAUCUGGUUUGUCCAGUUCCUGCUGGUGCUGGCGUUCGGGAAUGCGUUCCUUAUGCGGACAAGGAAUCCAACAGAACCCCCUGGAUGCAAGUUCUUUUUGCGUGCGAUGUCCCUCAUGCCUGAUCAUACGGCCCUUUCUCGCGGGGGGUUCGUCGCUAUUGAAGUGCUUGCUCUGACGGGGCUGUAUCUUUACUCCAUUGACCACCGCUCAUCAGCCCAUGUUUAUAUCGGACACGCGAUUCGCAUUGCCCAGAUGGAUGGGAUGCACACCCAACUACCGGAAGACGAACUCGGUCCUCAGACAGUCGCCCGCAGCCGGAAUCUCUGGUGGACUUUGUAUGUCCUCGACCGGCAGAUUUCGUCCUCUGUUGGAGCAUCCAUGACGCCUCAGGACAGUGAUAUCACGACGCUGCUAGAUCCCCCGAAUGCCGGCUCGCAGAGUGAUGCCACGCUUAGUCUUGCUGUUCGGCUAUCGCAUCUUCUAUCGUACAUUCUUUCUUCCAUUUACAAAGGAGACGAAACGCAGCUCGGGACAUUCCUGGAAACAACACGGUCUAUCCUGCAUGUACUGGCAGGACACGCCCGCGAGAUUGAGAGGAUAAUCCACCUCAAAUUCCAGAACUCCGUGGAUACAAUGCCCAAGGGCACGCGGUACAUCACACUCUUAUACCACCAGUGCGUGAUCGUAGCAACAAGACCCCUCCUCCUGUCGGUCCUCAAAGAACGGCUCCAGAAGCUGGGCCACGGAGCCGAGGACUGGCAGAGCAUCGUAGCGCCGACAAACGCCCUAAUAUCGGCCGGGAUCAAGUCAGCCGCGAAGACGCUGCAGAUUCUUACGGAUGAAGACAGUCUUCUCGAGGUGUUCCUCCCAUUCGACAUGGAAUUCACAUACGGCGCCUCCAUGCACGUCAUCAUGGCCGGGGCGCUGUUCCCCAACGUCACCGAAAGCCAGGAUUACAUCAAAGACGCCUACUCGAUCCUCGACCAGAUGAUCCAGCGCGGGAGCAUGCUCGCCGCGGCUCGCAAAUCCGAGCUCGUCCAGCUGGAGAAGCUGUUCCAGGAGCUGGCGCGGCGGAUUGAGCGGCGCGGCCUGGAGACCCUCAUUCUCCCGGGCCCUUCACACUCGGACCCCGGUGCUGACCAUCUGCUCCGACUUGAUGGGCACGACGAUGCUACGCUGGCUGGAACUGAUACUAUCCCGCUUGACCCGGCGUCGCCGUCGGUGCUUGCCCAGGCGCCCAACUUGGACUUCCUAGACAGCAUCGGGAUUUCGUCGUACGAGUUCUUUUCUCUGGUCGAUCAGAUUGGGCAUCAGGAGAGCAUGGGCAUGAACGUGCUGGAUUCGGCGCACAGUGAGUGGGAGGGACCGAUAUGA